AAUGGUAUGGUUCGCAGCCAAUAAUAUAAUACAAAAAGGAAAAUCUGCAAGAGAUUUGCAGAAGGUUCACCAGAUUUGCUUCUAUGAAAUCCUCCCCAAAGAACUGAAAGAACAAUUGACAGCGAGCAGAGAUGGUUUCAUCUGCUCUUCUGCUUUGGUUUAUCUUGCCCUUCGCUUUAGCUCGGCAGGAGCAUCAGCAACAGGAAUCGCAGGAAGCCUACCAAACUGCCGUUGCACUUUCUCAACUCUCGGCUGCUCAAGUGAUGGACCAGUGGAAUGUGCCAUCUGCCUUUCUAAGUUUGAAUCCACAGAUGAUGUUCGUUUGCUGCCCAAGUGCAAGCACACGUUUCACAUGCAUUGUAUAGAUCGAUGGCUUCAGCAACAUUCCAACUGCCCUGUUUGCCGGCAAAAGGUUGAGGUCCAGGACUCCUCUCCUUCUAUACCUUUACCUGAGAUGCAGAGUUCAGGCCUGAUGGAACAAGGAACAACUCAAAGCCCUAAUGGGGAAUCUUUGAACAGAGACCGUGGAGGAUCUGCAGUCGGAGACAAUAGAGAUGCACAAACACCAGUUAGAACAGUAGAGGAUCACCUUCUUGAUCGACGCCUUAUGCAACAGUUGCAAUCCUAUGGAAUAGAAUCUGUAUGUUCGUCAAGUGAUCAAUUCUUACAGUAAUUUUACAACUGUAAGAUCAGCAGGAAGAGCAGAAUGUUGGCCAGGGAGGUUCCCUAGAGCUUAGCUGGUUAAUUUAUAAGACUGAUAA